CCGAUUAAGCUUCCUCUUCGUUUCCUCUCUGUCCUCUCCUUUUCUCUCCCCAGCUGCUAUCUAUUCUAACUCCACGAUAACUCAUUGUCAUACGGGAAGGUCAAGCUAAGAAGGGAAAUCCUUCAAAGCGCAAGCUCAGGUCAAGUCCUUAAUUGCUGUGACCAUGUGGUCAGGAAUUGGGACAGCCGUAUGGCUUUUGGCCGCUGCGAGGUUGGGCUUGGCUCAGGGCCCAAAUCAACCGACGUAUUCAAACACCUCCAGUUCAGGUGAUAACUUGGUGACUUCCCCUCCAUUUUAUCCUUCGCCAUGGGGAUCGGGUUCAGGCGAUUGGGCAGAGGCGUAUGCCAAAGCCAGGGACUUUGUCAGCCAAUUGACACUGCUGGAAAAGGUUAAUAUCACAACGGGUGUCGGCUGGUUGGAAGAGGCAUGUGUCGGAGCAGUAGGGUCGGUUCCACGUCUUGGGUUCCGCAGCUUGUGCAUGCAAGACUCUCCUGUGGGCAUUCGUUUCGCGGACUACGUUUCCGCGUUUCCUGGCGGUGUUAAUAUUGCAGCUACAUUCGAUCGCGGGGCUAUGUAUGCACGUGGCUACGCUAUGGGCACUGAACACCGUAAAAAGGGCGUGGAUGUCCAGCUUGGACCCGUAGCUGGGCCUCUUGGACGCGCGCCAGAGGGUGGUCGAAAUUGGGAAGGAUUCAGCCCCGAUCCCGUCUUGACUGGUAUCGGCAUUGCGAAUACCAUUCAAGGCAUCCAGGAUGCCGGCGUGAUUGCUUGUGCCAAGCACUUUAUCGUCAACGAGCAGGAGCAUUUCCGCCAGGUUGGAGAAGCCAAGGGCUAUGGCUUCAACAUUACGGAGGCUCUGAGUUCCAACGUCGAUGAUGUCACCAUGCACGAACUUUAUCUAUGGCCUUUUGCGGACGCUGUCCGUGCUGGAGUCGGCGCAGUCAUGUGCUCUUACAAUCAGAUUAACAAUAGCUAUGGCUGCUCCAAUAGCUAUACGAUGAAUUACCUGCUCAAGUCCGAGCUGGACUUUCAGGGAUUUAUCAUGAGUGAUUGGCAAGCGCACAAGUCCGGCGUUGGAGAUGCUCUGGCAGGCCUGGACAUGAGUAUGCCUGGUGAUGUCCUCUUCGAUACCGGCACGUCGUUCUGGGGCUCCAAUCUCACUUUGGCCGUGGUGAAUGGUACCAUUCCGGAGUGGCGCCUUGACGACAUGGUCACCCGAAUCAUCGCAGCCUGGUACAAGGUUGGACGGGACAAGACACAAGUUCCUGUUAACUUCAAUUCAUGGUCCAAAGACACGUACGGCUACCUCCAUCCAGCUGUGGGCUACGGUUACGGUGUGAUCAACGAACACGUUGACGUCCGAGAGGGUCAUGGAUCACUUAUUCGAUACCUCGGCUCAAAAUCCACGGUUCUGUUAAAGAACGUGAAUGGGACUUUGCCAUUGACUGGGAAGGAGAAGCUGACCGCCGUCUUCGGUGAUGAUGCUGGAGACAACCCGUAUGGCCCGAACGGCUGCGGCGACCACGGUUGUGACAAUGGAACCUUGGCGAUGGGCUGGGGAAGUGGAACAGCAGACUACCCUUACCUGAUUUCACCAUUGACGGCGAUCCAAAAUGAGGUUGCUUCAAAUUACGGUAGCAUCCAGUCGGUUACGGAUAACUACGCAUAUACUCAGAUUCAGGCUUUGGCCAAACAGGCCAGUGUCGCUCUUGUCUUUGUCAAUGCGGACAGCGGUGAAGGAUACAUCAAUAUAGAUGGCAACGAGGGUGACCGCAAGAAUCUUACACUCUGGCAAGGUGGUGAUGACCUUAUUCAGAAUGUUACAGCGUGGUGCAACAAUACCAUUGUUGUCUUGCACACCGUCGGUCCAGUGCUGAUUGAGUCAUUUGUGGACAAUCCUAACGUGACUGCUAUUCUGUGGGCUGGUCUGCCGGGCCAGGAGUCGGGUAACUCAAUCGCGGACGUGCUCUACGGCCGUUUCAAUCCUGGUGCCAAACUGCCUUUCACUCUUGGUCGCAACCGAGAAGAUUAUGGGACGGACUUGAUGUACGAACCUAACAAUGGCGUCGACGCCCCUCAGCAGGACUUUACAGAGGGCGUCUUUAUCGACUAUCGUGCGUUUGACAAGGCCGGUAUCGAUCCAAUUUUCGAGUUUGGAUUUGGUCUCAGCUACACGACGUUCAACUAUUCUGAUCUCACUGUUACGAAGGCUAACGCUGGCGGAUAUACCCCAGCCAGCGGUCAGAGCGCUGCUGCACCUGUAUUGGGAAACUACAGCACUAACCUUUCGGACUACCUCUUCCCAUCGGAUAUUGAUCGUGUUCCUCUCUACAUCUACCCCUAUGUCAACUCGACCAAUGCUUCGGCAUCUUACGGCUGGAAUGACUAUGGCAACCAGGGAACCUCUUACAUUCCGCCCGGUGCACAGGACGGCUCUCCACAGCCUAUUGUGCCCGCUGGAGGUGCGCCAGGAGGCAAUCCGGGCCUAUACGACGUUUUGUAUUCUGUCGAGGCUACCAUCACCAACACUGGCACAGUUGCAGGAGAAGAGGUACCCCAGCUGUAUGUUUCCCUUGGCGGUCCUAAUGAUCCCAAGGUCGUGCUUCGUGGCUUUGAACGUUUGUCGAUUCAACCAGGCCAGUCGACGACCUUCCAUGCCGAUCUGCUCCGAAGAGAUUUGUCGAAUUGGGAUUCCGCAUCUCAGAAUUGGGUCAUCACAAACUACACCAAGACUGUUUACGUUGGAAGCUCGUCAAGGAAGCUCCCCUUGUCGCAGACGCUGUAGAGGACUGGAGUUUGCUGGUGCAAACGGCCGGAAGGCGAGGAAAAUCAGGUGAAUAAUUGUUGGCUGCUAGCUGGAUCCUACUAAUUUCUUUUUAAUUCUCUUCGCUCCUUUUCGCUCAUUAUACCUUUUGAAGCUUUGGCUCAAUUUUUUCUAUUUUGGAGUGGUUGAUUUGCAAUUUCUCGCUUGGCAAUUCUUCUCCCGCUGCAUCCCUCUCAAGUCAUAUGCUGUAAAUGUCUCUUUCUAAGCUGCCGCUCUCGGCGGUGGCUCUGCGCCGUUAUAUCACUAUAUCAUACCAUGUCAUGUCAAGCCAUAGUACCCAAACUAGCGACUGCU